AUAGCAUUCUUCUCUUUCUUUUUCUUUUCUUAUAGCUUUAGAAUCAAAAACCAAAAUGGCUGCUCAAGCUGAACAAGUAAAUAUUCUAAUGGUAACAGUGGCCUUUCAUGGCCAUAUUAACCCUAUGUUGAGCCUAGCAAAAUGCCUUGUUCCAAAAGCUAUUCACAUCACUAUUGCCAUUAACGAUGUCGCUCGCCACCGGAUGCUACAGUCAAAAGUCUCAACUUCUUUGUCUACCACUGCCCCAAACACCACUCCCAAACCUCCUGGAAUUGAUAUUGUUUUCUACUCCGAUGGGCUUAGCCCAGAAUUCGAUCGCGACAAUGAUGUCGAUUUGAUGAUAAAGUCCUUACGUACAGUAGGAUCCGAAAACUUGUCAAAUAUGAUAUCCAAUUCGGAUAAGAAAUUUUCUUGCAUUAUUUGCAACCCAUUUAUGCCAUGGGUACCUGAUAUCGCUGAAAAACAUGGUAUCCCUUGUGCAGUGCUUUGGAUUCAAGCUUGUACUGUGUAUUCUAUUUACUAUCAUUUUUUUAAGUAUCCUAAUUCUUUUCCUUCAAUAGAAAACCCUAACGAGUCCAUAAAAUUGCCAGGAUUGCCUGUUUUACAAGUAAAAGAUCUUCCUUCGUUUAUAUUGCCAUCAAGUCCUGAAACAUUCAAAAAAAUUUUGUCAGAGUUUUUUCAAAAAUUGGAUAAAGUGAAAUGGGUUUUGGCAAAUUCUUUUACUGAACUCGAAGAAGAGGUAGUUAAGUCCACGAAUUACCAUCCCCAUCAUAUUUUUCCUAUUGGUCCAUUGGUUUCACCAUUUUUAUUUCAAAAAAAGGAAGAAACUGCUAUUUGCAAUAUUGGUAUGCGAAAUUCUAAUGAAAAUGCAUGCAUAGAAUGGCUUGACAAAAAAUCACCUUCUUCUGUCAUCUAUAUUUCAUUUGGAACCAUUACUUUGUUGUCUCAGAAGCAAAUGGAUAACUUGGCGAUUGCAUUAAAGAAUAGUGAGAAACCAUUCCUCUGGGUUAUUAAGGUAAAAGAAAAUCAUUUUGAUCAUGAAAAUAGAAGUGAAUUGUUUGUUAGGUUCUUAGAGGAAACAAAAGAUAGGGGCAUGGUGGUUACUUGGUGUCCUCAAGAUAAGGUUUUAAUGCACAAAGCUAUUGCUUGCUUCAUUACGCAUUGUGGGUGGAAUUCGUCAUUGGAGGCUGUGACGGCCGGAGUGCCAGUUAUUUCUUAUCCGGGAUGGACUGAUCAGCCAACAGUUGCUAAGAUGUUGGUUGAUGUUCUCAAGAUUGGAGUUAAGAUUAAGAUUGAAGAAGAAGAUGGUGAGGUGGUAGCAAGCGCAGAUGAAAUAAAAAGAUGUAUUCUGGAAAUUACUAAUGGAAAAAAAGCGGAAGAGAUUAAGAGAAAUGCUGUGAAGUUGAGUGAGGUAGCUAAAAAAGCGAUGGCGGACGAUGGUUCUUCUAAUAAGAAUCUUGAUCUUUUUAUUAAAAAGAUUAUUUUGAACUCUUCGUGCUUCUUGAAAUCUUAGUAGCAUAUAUUAAUGUCAAAUAAGCUGCCAGCAUGAUUUUAUAUGAAAUCAAUUUCUAAUGUAAUAGGUUUAUUCAAUGCAUUUAAUAUCUAGAUCAUGAAUGAAUAAGGGUAGUCAUUAUGGUGGAAAAAGGCUGAAAGUUCCUCCAACUGAACUGUAAUGGGUACUUGUUUGAUAAUAAGAUUGUAGU